AUGCUGAGUAUAGUAGAAGGCCUUCUCCUUUUUGUAGCAGUUAAUGAGUCAGUAUUGGGGGUUUUAGGAAAUGGGUUUAUUGGACUAGUAAACUGCAUUAACUGUGUGAAAAAUAAGAAGAUCUCUACACUCAGCCUUAUUCUCACUGGCUUAGCCUCUUCCAGAUUUUGCCUGAUAUGGAUAAUAACUACAGAUGCAUACGUGAGAGUGUUUUCUCCAGAUACGUAUUUGUCUGGUAAUCUAAGUCAAUAUAUAGCUUACUUAUGGAUAAUUAUGAAUCAAUCAAGUGUCUGGUUUACCACCAGCCUCAGCAUCUUCUACUUCCUGAAAAUAGCCAACUUUUCCCACUGCAUUUUUCUCUGGCUGAAGGGUCACAUCACUAAGAUUCUUCUUCUUCUAAUGGGAUGUUUGCCCAUUUCAUGGUUAUUUACUUUUCCAAACAUUACAGUGCCUUUUAUUAAUAAUAUUAUGAAGAACAGAAGCACAACUGGGUUGGUCACCAUGCAGAAAAGUGAAUACUUUAUAAGUCAGAUUUUGUUCAAUAUUGGAACAUUUCUUGUCUUUAUACUAUGCCUGAUUACAUGUUUCUUAAUAAUCACUUCCCUUUGGAGGCACAACAGGAGGAUGCAAUUGAAUGCCACAGGAGUCAGAGACCCCAGUACAGAAGCACAUAUCAAAGCAAUGAAGAUUUUGGUGUCUUUUAUCAUCCUUUUUAUCCUGUAUUUUGUAGGCACUGCCAUACAAAUAUUAAGUGUGACAGUGCCUGAAAACAAACUGCUGUUUAUUUUCGGUAUGACAACCACCAUCCUCUAUCCCUGUGGACACUCAUUUAUCCUAAUUCUUGGAAACAGCAAGCUUAAGCAAGCCUCUUUGAGGGUACUGAAGCUAUUAAAGUGCUAGGAGAAAGAAAAACUUCUUAGAACUCCAUGACAGGCUUGGGGACAAAUGGAUCCACAAAAAGGUAGCCUAGUAAUGAAAUUCCUCAAGAUCUGUUUCUCUUACACUGUUUUC